CCAAACCAAGAUUGAGAAGGAUUUAUACAGAACUGAAAAAAAGGAAUAAACAGUCCAAAUCUCUUUCGUACUUCUCAUAGCAGCUUAAACUUGUACACCACGAAGUCCAAGUAGAACCCAAAAAAUCAUGGGUCGGAAGAGAGACAGAACCCACUUCAACCGCCACGUCCCUUAUUCCUUUCCCAAGCGCCGCCGUCCUCUACCAACCAACGCCGUCUCCGACGACCCUUUACCAGAAAACACCUCAUCUUCCACCGCCAAGCAGCAACCCGGUAGUGUGGUGGUUAUUGGGGUUCCUACUGAUUGCUCUGUUCUUGACCUUAAAUCUCGUUUUGAGAUUUAUGGUUCCAUCUCUCGCACCCGUAUGGACCCCAAUGGUCUCGCUUACAUCACUUUCCGUUCCUAUGAUUCUGCUCAGUCUGCUGUUAAUGCUGCUGUAGAUUCCUCUUUCCCCAUUACUCUCCACUCCAAGCCAGUUCAGGUAAUAUGGGCAACUGACCGUGUGCCACAGUGGAAGGAGGGCGUGAUGCGAAAGGAUGAUCUAUCCACAUCAACGGUUGCAUCGAAGCUAGUUAGAGCAGAGGUGCCACUAAGUAGGCACGGGAGAGGUAACAGACUGGGAUCAGCAAUUGUGAACCCCAAAGAUGAGGAUAAUGAUAAUGCUGGCAAUAAUGGUCGUGGACAUGUUAGUACAAGGCUGGUUGAGCCUGAUAAUGCUGGCGAUAAUGGUCGUGGACAUGUUAGUACAAGGCUGGUUGAGCCGUACAAGGGUAGGGAAAUUGUUGCCUAUGAUGAUAUUCUGUGUUUUGUUCCAGAGAAUCCUGCAGCAACUAUUGCUAUUGAUCUUUUGCAGAUUUUUGUGUAUAAGGAGUUGCGUUACCAUCAAUCAGAAGAAUUUUCAGGUAAAUCACUGUACGUCCUUUGCUCAACAGGGAUGCAAGUGGUAUUGUUGCUAAAAUUCAAAGUAACUUCACUUCAACCAUGGGGUACUCCUAUUUGGGGAUUAUCUUACUGCAAGUCUGCAGAAGCCUGCAACUGUGAAGUGGAAUCUGAUGAGCCAAAUGUUAAUUACAUAGUUGCAGGAGAGCUGUCUUUUGCUGAUUCCGGAAUAACCUGGAAAGGUAAUCAAAGUUGGCAAGGAAGUUCCAUUAAUAAGAGAAGAGAGGAACAAAACCGUCAGUUUUUAGGAACUCAGAUUGAUCAGAUGUCCAAAAUGAUGGAAGAAACAGAAAGAGUAAUAGAAGAAGAAGAAGAAGAAGAAGAAGAAGAAAAAGAAGGGUUAGUAAAACAAGAAAUAUGGAGCUGGGGAGCAGGAACAGAGGGACAAUUAGGAACAGGAAAACUCCAAGAUGAAUACCAACCUCAACUCAUUCAUUCUCUCUCUUCUUUAGGUCCCAUCUCUUAUCUCUCCUGUGGUGGUGCCCAUGUCAUUGCCCUCACUCCUGGUGGAAGAGUGGUAACAUGGGGAAGGGGUACUUCUGGUCAAUUAGGUCAUGGGGAGAUGGUUAACUGCUUACGCCCAAAGUAUGUGGAGUCUUUGGAAGGGUUCUUUAUUACACAAGCUUCUGCUGGAUGGAAUCACUCAGGAUUUGUUUCAGACACUGGUCACGUAUUCACUUGUGGAGAUGGUUCAUUUGGUCAGCUUGGGCAUGGGGAUUAUGUCUCAAGAUGUUCUCCUGUACAAGUGUUGUACUUCAAGACUAAGCAUGUUGAGCAAAUUACUUGUGGUAUGCGCCAUUCACUUGUCUUACUAAAAGGAGAUACUGAGGAUCUUAUCUAUGGAUUUGGCUCUGGAAAACGUGGUCAACUCGGUAUAUCUGAUGACAAACAGAAGUCAGUUAGUACUCCUCAGGUUACUUUGGGUUUUGAAAAUGUCAAAAUCAGGAUUAUCGCUGCAAAUGGAGAUCAUAGUGCAGCAAUAUCUGUGAAUGGGCAUUUAUACGUAUGGGGAAGAGCAUUCUGUGGAGCCUCAGAUGUGUACAGACCGCGUCAUGUCACUGCAGACUUAUCAUUCAUCCAAGUCGCUUUAGGAUGGAAUCAUGCUCUUGUAUUGACAGGUGACGGGGAAGUAUACAUGCUUGGUAGGUACAAUUAUAAUGUUCCUGCGGGUACUCAGAAAGCCAACUCGAUGAAGCAUAUAUCAGAUGAAGUUGUCAUGCAAAGAAUCCUCGACUUUAAUAGUAGAAAGGUUGUCCAAAUUGGCGCGGGAGCUGAGCACUCUGCCUUGGUAACAGAUGACGGAUCAGUAAUGACAUGGGGAUGGGGUGAACAUGGUCAGCUUGGAUUAGGAGAUACCGAUGAUCAAACUGACCCACAGAUUGUAGAGAGGCUGUUUCCGGUAGACUCUCGGCUCCAAGCAAACAUGCAAAUCACAACAGUAUUUGUUCACCAAGUUGCUUAUCCAAAAACCUGUUUGCUAUUUUAUGGCCAUCUUGAUAAGAUAGAAUUCAUAGAGUUUAUCCCAACUAGUUUGGAAUUGAAGCGUUUUUACAGCAGUCUUUGGCAAGGACAGAAAUUUUCCAGUUUCUCAAUUGUAAAAAAUAUAAAAGGAUCAUGGAAUAUCUCCGCAUUGCACCUCUGGCACGAUUUUGAGAAAUUUUAAAUUGGAGGAUAUCUUAUGGUUGUCUCUUUGAGCUUCUGUAAAUGAGUUAUACCAGUUAUAAGAACCUGUUUGGUUGGGGAAUAAGCA